AUGGUUCAGGCCAUCAUCAAUCUUGUUGUGAAGCAAAGUUUAUUUGCUGCAGAAAAGUUUUCUGAUCAAAAAGAAAGUUUUCAGAGAUUUGAGUAUUCUCUUCUAUUACAGGUUUCUUCUGGGUCCAGUAUCACUAGCCGGCUUGAACUCCCAGUUUUACGAAGAGAGGACACAAGAAGUCUUGUUUCAUGUUUUACCAACAACAACAAUAUCUCACAACAGCUCUCAGCAAACACAACCAUCAAUGUUUUAGUUCCUCCUGUGAGUGUAAGAAUUGAGGAAAAGAGGAAAAAGCUAGUUGAUGGGAAAAUAUACUUAUUCAAUUGUGCGGCAGAGGAUUUCUACCCAAGUAUUGAAUACACAUGGUUCCUUAAUCAAGAGAUCUUGCCGCACUCUAAACCUACAAAGGGUUCCAAUUUAUCCACCCUUGAAAUUGAACUAACGAGGCACCAACAUGGUUCAAUUCUCUCCUGUCGUGCCUUUAACCCUGAAAUCCCAGACGUAUCUCUUCAAGAUUCAUUAGUCCUGGAUAUAUAUUAUAAACCCGUUUUAAAGCUGGAGCUAGGGGCAGGACUAAAUCUUCAUAACAUCAGACAAUCUUCUGAUAUAUAUUUAGAGUGUACUGCAGAUAGCAGACCAGCAUUACAACAUGUAAGGUGGAAGAAAGAUGGUUUUGAUAUUACGGAGGAAAAGAAGAAAGGGCGCCUUGUAUCAAGAACCAGUUUAGUUAUUCAAAAUAUAUCCAGUUCUGAAUCUGGCCGCUACUGCUGCACUGGCGAGAACUCUGAGGGAGAAACUAGUUCUAAUAUUAUCACCGUUGAUGUAAAAUUUAGUCCUGAGUGUUCAGAGCAACCAGAAAACAUUCUUCUCCAGAAGAAAGCAUCAAUCCAAGUUACUUGUGGAAUGUCUAGUAACCCUGGAGUUGAAAAAUUUUCGUGGAAAUUUAAAAAUGAAAAGUUUGAGGUGGAUAUACCAGAGUCGUUGUACACUGUACAUGAAAACACGUCUGUACUUAAAUACUUUGCUCAUUCAGAUCGUGACUACGGAACACUUCUCUGCUAUGCAUCUAAUAUAAUUGGACCCCAGACUAAACCCUGUAUUUUCAGAAUCAUUCAACCAGGUUCUGGUUCUCUAGUUAUAGUGUGCUCGACAAAACUAGUUUCUCCUGUUUCCGUUUUAGUAAACUGUCAGAAUACUAAGGAAGACGGAUUAUAUAAUCUUCAAGUAUCAAGGCUAGGGAACCCAGUACUCCUAGAGAGAAAUAUUACGAGUUUAAAGGGAAACUUCAAAGUUUUCGGACUUCUACCCGGUAGCAGCUAUCAGGCCAGGGUUGAUUAUUUGGACGGUAAUAAUGAAAGAUGGACUAGCUUACUAAACUUUACAACGAUAGAACUUGACAAGAGUAUACCUAUUCAGGACUCUUUACAAGAAAGUUUGCCCUCUGUAUUGUACAAUGUUUAA